GGUCUUUAGAUCGCGAAGCACCGCACCGCCUGGAUCGCGUCUCCGUUACCCGCGCGAUAUAUAGCAAUAUAUAAGUGCACUUCGUACGCUUCUUGCUUUGUCGCGCUCGUUACGUCUUUCCCGCUCCCAAAUGCAUCGUCACUGAGUGUCCCCCGCGGCGCCCCGGACUCCGGAGCGUAACCAUACAUACCAGCUUUCGCCACGCGUCCCAGAAUUACAUCGCUGACGCGCGCUGACGACACGUCAAAAAAUGGCAGAUUCUGCGCCCAGCAAGACCGACAUCGAGGAUAUUUUCAAGAGGCUGCGGGCUAUCUCGACGAACAAGGCAUGUUUCGAUUGCAACGCGAAGAAUCCAGCAUGGGCCAGCGUAACGUACGGCGUCUUUUUGUGCAUCGACUGCUCGGCGGUGCAUCGCAGUCUGGGGGUACAUCUCACCUUCGUCAGAUCCACCCAACUAGACACAAACUGGACGUGGUUGCAGCUAAGAAAUAUGCAACUGGGUGGUAAUGCCAAUGCUAGAAAAUUCUUCUCGCAACACAAUUGCACCACGAACGAUGCCCAGCAGAAGUAUAACUCGCGCGCGGCUAUGAUGUACAGGGAGAAAUUGGGCCAGGCAUCCGCGCAAGCGAUGCGCCGUUAUGGCACAAAGGUUUCCUUUCCUACGUCAAAAAAUAAAACAAUGCUGCACUUGGAGGAAGGUACAGAAAUUGUAUCGGAAGAAGCAAAUGAGCCGGAUUUCUUCAAACAACACGAGAACUUAGAUCUGCUUCAGAACGAAAUGAUAAUUCCGACAGAAGAAAAGGCGUUCUUCACAUCUAACACAACAGUGCCAAGCAAUGACAGCAUAGAGAAAAGUACACCGGAAGUUGCCUCUAAUUCCUUGGGACCCUCUGUAAAUCUUUUCGAUUCUACCUCAAACAAUCCGCAAUCUGAAAGGAAACCAACUAUAGGUGGCAGAACAGCACAAUCCAAACGUCCUGGUGGGCUAGGGAAAAAAACCGGAAGCUUAGGUGCUCAGAGAGUGAAAACCAAUUUUGACGAACUGGAGAAAAGCGUUGCAGAGGCGCAUAAGCUGGCGCAAGAAAAUAAUAAAGAGGUGACGAAGGAGCAACAAGAGGAGCUCGCUACUCGUCUAGCCCAGCGGUACGAACAAAAUUUGAGCCAACAGGCCAAGAAGGUGGAAGAAAGAGCGAAAAAUCUGGAUCCGUUGAAAGCCACACAGGCGGAACGUCUUGGAAUGGGAUUUAACGCACGAAGUGGUGCAACUCAUUCUGCACUUGGCGACAUGAAGACAAUAAUGCAGGAUUUGGAGAAAGCCAUGACAUCAACGGAGGUGCUCUCCGGAGAAACGGACACUUUCUUCAGCCUAGACGAAUUUUAUUCUGUUUACAGCACAGCUAACAGCAAGCCGUCCUCGCGUAACGAGGAAAUUGUGGUAGUGGCGGAACCGGAACCGCCUAAGCGAUUAGGCCCUUCCACUCGAAGCACGAUCGCAAAGAGCGACGCGAAAGCUUCGUCCACUGUCGAAGGAGAGGCUCAGAAGAAAUUUGGUAGCGCCAAGGCUAUCAGUUCGGAUCAAUACUUUCAAGACAGUAGCUCCGACAAUGCGUGGGAACGUAAGAAUAAUUUACGCCGUUUCGAGGGCUCGUCUAGCAUCUCGUCGGCCGAUUACUUCGGCACCGAAAGCCCAACCUCGCCCACAUCCUCGUUAUUAUCCAUGCGUCUGUCUGCGGGAAGAGCCGGCGUCGUAGAUCUUGACGAUGUUCGAGAGAGCGUGCGUCAGGGUGUGAAUAAGGUUACCGGGAGGCUGAGUUCGCUCGCUAACGCAGCAGUCUCCUCUAUACAGGAUCGUUAUGGACUCUAAAUGAAUCUAUCGGCAUUUUACGAGAACUGUUAUAAUACUUAUCCGGACCCGGUCUUGUCCAUUGUUCAGAGUUGUAAAUAAAACCUUCUAAUUGAG